AUGUCCCACGUUGGCUACAACGUCGGCCGAGUACUCGUCGAAGAUUCCCGUGAGAGCGCCGGCACGAAAACCGUUACUCUGUUGUUAAGACCCUCCAACUUACCGAAGCACUUGUGCGCUAAUUCCAACAACUACCCGCGUGAAAGCGGCGCCGGACAAGACCCCAGCCCCGCUUGUCGCUUUUGCCCGAGUUCAUGUUCUACUACCUCGUUAGGGAGAGCGCGCGUUUGCCAUCACGGUGAGACAACCCAUGAAGGUGAAGAGGAGAGCACCCCCUUGUCUGCAAAUGCAACAAAAUACGACAGUGAGCAUGGAAGGAAGCAUACCCGAAGAGAUUCAUCAAAGACAGCAAACAGACUGCCCCACUGGGGCAGGUGCGCCUGCGUCUAUGAGGGAACCGUGUAUGAGGUAAACUCACUUCUUCAACCCGCGGCCCAACCCAAUUUAUCUCAUUUCUCUCCCCCAGCGCGUGAGACGGACCUCGGUACCGUCUACCACGUGCAACCCACAACUGAUCUGGCUUCACAGGAUGCCGGCAGACGCGCUAUGGGAUUGGAAAGGCAUAGGGAGGGGCCACAAGAAUCCCCUUCCCAGGAAGGAGAUCGCCCUGUUCGACGUAUGGGAGGGCAAGGGUUUUCCACGCUCUCAAGACCUGCCCCAAACGCAUGCGCAAACCAAAACGAGCCCACAGCAUCAGGCUUUGCACAUGAUAAGGGUUCGAACCCUCGCUGGCUCCGCAAUGCGGCGCAGGGAGGCAGUUCCGUGAACCCAACGAGUGCAGAAGGUGUCCACUCAGUUCGCCUUACAAACGAAUUCCGACCAUCUGUAGAUACGGCCGCAAUGCAAUUGGAUUUGUCAGAUGCGGAGAGGGUGCGAGCAUUACGAGAGAGGACAGCAGCAUCACAAGCCCCCCGCUCUAUGCCUAACCAGGCCCCUGAUUCUGGUAAUAUAGGAAAGAAAAACCCGGCCGCGCCUAUCUCUCAGACAUUAACUUUCGCGACGACUAAAACGACAGGGCCUGGAGUGGAGGGCGGCGUACCGUCUUGGAGUUGUGACCGGUGCGGGGACAAUUUCUCCGUCGAGCUGGAACUCAGAAGGCAUCAGUUCAUGCAGCAUAGGGACGGCAAGGUCACAAAGCGUACAAACGAAGGACGUUUUCUAUGUCUGAUGCAAACCUGCGAACAAAGCUUCGUUCGGCGGCAUGUAAUGGAGAGGCAUUUCAAGAGUGUACAUUUACUUGUGAAGGAAUUCCCAUGUUCUACCUGCGACAAGAGCUUCGCGGAUUCAACAACACGAGCUGCUCAUCGCAGUGCAGUGCAUGAAAAGCGGAAACCGUAUGUUUGCAAUCACUGCUCCCGGUGCUUUACUCAGAGUUCGUCUUUGGGGAAGCACCGUCGCCGAUUUCAUCAGAACCCUCCGUGAUCAAAGAUUGGAAGCUCUACUCGGACCAUUUAUUCCCGUUUGUGAAUAGUUUUGAUGGAUAUUGGGAGGUAUGGUUCUUGCUACGACUUCAUGGCGUUUGUCUCAAAACAGUAUUGCAUUGAGCGCAGUGAAAAUAGAGAAGUGCAUACGGGGGGUGUUUUCACCAUUUGAUAUUGCUCGCAAUGCCUCUUACGCAUGAACCUGAGUUCUCCCUUCGGGUUUGAACAGGCGCUCCGCACACACCCCCUUUUUUCGCAAGACUGCGGGUAGCAAGAUUUCCGGCGCUAUGUCAGCUCGUAUCAAACUCGCCCCCGAAUGCAUUUUGGCAGAAAAAGUUCUUUGAUUCUCUAUAUCCUUUGGAACUGGACAAUGCCGAGGAACAAUUGCCACCUACUUGCAGAGAUUCUUAAAAGAAAGCCGAGCAUGUUGCAAUCAAAGGGUGGCAAGAGGGACCUGGAAUACUUCGUAGCAAAUUCGUGACUACGACUUCAAUGAAGCCUUAUCGUGUGGGUUGGAGAUUACCGUUUCACCAGCAAGAGCAUCUCUGCCUACCGAGGUGUUGAUAAGCCUGUAAAAAGUAGCAACGGCCGUUGAGUCAUCCCCCAAAGUGUUUGCAGUGCCCAUCCGAGGGUCCGAAUGAUGAAUCGGGGAGCAGAUGAGGCAAGAGGAAGAAGGAGGAGAGGUGAGUCGAAGAUGCAACUCAAUGCAUUUGGAUAGCUCUCGUGCGAGAUUGUAUCGCAUGCGACAGUUAGUACACUUCUUGAAAAAUGAAAGGACCACGUCCGUAAUCGCGAAACACAUAACAACAUCCUCACCCGCAGUACAGUACAGGGGGGGGUCGCGAUAUAGUGCCAUAUUUGUUAAUGCCAGCUCCGAUAUAGUGCUACCCUUCUGCGGGUGGCACGAAUUUUGAGCCAAAAACGAAGGGUCUCCAGGGAGGCAGUUGGAUGGACAUGUACUGCCCGAGAGCCGCUGCCGCCGCGGAAAGAUAUUAUGCAGUUGCCAACUCGAAUAGAGACUAUGGCGGAAAAAGGCAGUGUCGAUGAUGCAAUUGGACAUCUGCAAAAGUGUAGGCUGGCAUUUAUGGCUGCGAAAAAGGAGGAAGUCAAUGCAACGGCUCGGCAGCUACUACUAACAGAAAUGCUUGAUUAGACUUGAGUCUGUAGUGAAGAUACAAAGCAUGAGUGAUGGCGUCCUGCGAGCGGUCUUUCUGAGCAGUGAUGCAAGGAAGUGGUUGCAAAAAAGCCGUAAAUCUCAUUAUCUAA